AUGAUAUGGUCUUUCGAGAGAGUGCAACAAUUUCCACAAAGGGAAGUGAGUACCAAUACGACACCACUCUUGCAUUGGUUACCAAUAUUGACCUUUCGAGCAACAAUUUGUUGGGAGAUAUCCCAAAGGAGUUGACAAGUCUGGUGGAAUUAAGAUCACUCAACUUGUCUGGGAAUCACUUCACUGGAUUAAUCCCACAAGCCAUAGGAGAUAUGAAGCAACUGGAAUCUCUCGAUCUUUCGAGAAACUCUUUAUCCGGUGAAAUGCCGAAUAGCUUCAGAGCAAUGUCAACUUUGAAUUAUUUGAAUUUGUCUUAUAAUCAGUUAACAGGUAGAAUACCAGAAAGUACCCAACUCAGGGGAUUUGAUAAUUCGAGCUUUAUUGGUAACGAUCUUUGUGGGUUUCCAUUGACAAGAAAUUGCAGCUCUGGUGGACCAAACAAAAGAGAGGAUAACGGAAGUGAUGAUAAAUCUUCUUCAAAGAUUGAGUGGUUUUACGUAUUCUUGUCUUUGGGAUAUGCCGCGGGAUUUUCUAUUUUCUGCACAACGUUGGUGUUGAACAAGUCAUGGAGAGUAGCGUAUUUUGGAUUAGUAGAAGACAUAUGCAACAGAGCUUAUGUUUAUUGCUAUAUUAAAUGGAGGCUCGGAAAAUCAUCAUGUUGA